UCAAACUGCCUGACUAGGCAACAGAGGGAACAUAUCAUCAGAAAUUCCCCCUUUGGCGAUACCUGCUGAUUGGGUCCUCAAAAAAAAAAAAAAAAAAAAAAAAGGCAGCAAGCAGCUUUUAACUUUUAAUAUUUGGCUCCCGAGUUCUGCCGCGAGCAGUCGCGACAGAUAGAUCCUCCCUCAGUUUAUGUGGAGGAUCGAACAAAUAUACAUACAUAUAAAUCCAUUAAGGCAGAUUUUCUCUUUUUUUCUUUUUCUUUUUUUUUUUCUCCUUUCUUCAGUUAAAAUCUCAGUGCGCGUCUGAGCGCGCAUGUAGGCUUUUCCACUGGAGAGGGGUUUUUUUGCGAAACUUUUAAGGAUGAUAUACCUUGGAUGUUUCCUGCUGCUCUGUGGGCUCACGCAUGUCAUGGCAAGUUAUCCCAUCUGGUGGUCGCUAGCAGUGGGCCACCAGUACUCCUCACUGGGAACUCAGCCGAUCCUCUGCGGAAGCAUCCCGGGUCUGGUGCCCAAGCAGCUGCGCUUCUGCCGGAACUACGUGGAGAUCAUGCCCAGCGUGGCCGAGGGGGUGAAGAUUGGCAUCCAGGAGUGCCAGCACCAGUUUAGAGGAAGACGCUGGAACUGCACCACGGUCAACGACAAUCUGGCCAUUUUCGGACCAGUGUUGGACAAAGCCACUCGAGAGUCAGCAUUUGUUCACGCCAUCGCCUCGGCGGGAGUGGCGUUCGCAGUGACGCGUGCCUGCGCCGAGGGUCCGGCCACCAUCUGCGGGUGUGACACACCUCACAAGGGCCCCCCCGGCGAGGGAUGGAAGUGGGGUGGCUGCAGCGAGGAUGUGGAGUUUGGGAGCAUGGUGUCCCGGGAGUUUGCUGAUGCGAGGGAAAAUCGGCCUGAUGCGCGCUCAGCCAUGAACCGUCAUAACAAUGAGGCAGGAAGAAUGUCCCUCAAUGACAACAUGUUCCUGAAGUGUAAGUGCCACGGGCUCUCGGGCAGCUGCGAGGUCAAGACGUGCUGGUGGUCUCAGCCUGACUUCCGAGUCAUUGGUGACUACAUGAAGGAUAAGUACGACAGUGCGUCAGAGAUGGUAGUGGAGAAACACAAGGAGUCCCGCGGGUGGGUGGAGACCCUGAGACCCAAGUACAACUAUUUCAAACCCCCCACAGAACGUGACCUGGUUUACUACGAGAGCUCCCCCAAUUUCUGCGACCCAAACCCCGAGACCGGCUCCUUCGGCACCCGCGAUCGCAUCUGCAACCUGACGUCCCACGGCAUAGACGGCUGUGACCUCCUCUGCUGCGGCAGGGGUCACAACACCAGGACUGAGAAGAGAAAGGAGAAGUGCCACUGCAUUUUCCACUGGUGCUGCUACGUCAGCUGUCAGGAGUGCGUGAGAGUCUACGACGUGCACACCUGCAAAUGAAGACACCUGGUUCUCAUCUUUGCUCACCAAAAUUGAAAGAUUUCAGUAGGCAGGAGAACAAAUACAGCAACUUUGAGAGGCUGUAAGGCUGCCUGAGUUAUCAAGGACUCCAGCAGCAGGCAUAACAGUCUUGUGUUUUUGUGGCGUGAUUGCUAGAAAGAGCCCGUCUCUGCCUCGAUCAGCUGAAAAGUAGGUGUUGACAUCGUCCAUAUGAACUGCAACAAUGAUUGCUGAUGAUGACAACAAUGUUGAUAUCUCUAGCGAUGAGUUUUCAUGUACUGACGUAGGAAAGGAGAACUGUCGGCUAAUUGACGAACACCAUAUUGGUGAUUUUUUUUGUCUCUGUGUUCCACGUAGUUCCUUUUGUUGAGAAUAGUCCAGCACUGCCAAUGGUUUCAAGUCUGUAUGGCAAACAAUGAAAGUGUCACAUUUUCUUCAGUGUUUAAUCAUCCUUCGUUUUUUGCCACAACAAGAUUUAUGAGCUAUUUACAUGAUCAGACACUCAACAGCAUGCAUUCUCCUCCUCAACAUUAUAAGUAUGUAUCUAAAAACUAACAUUAUCGUGUGAAUGGGUUGUGUUUUUUUUUUUUUUUUUUAUAGUGUUAAUAUGUUACUGAUGUUUGGGUAAGAAUGCACUUGCACCUGAGUGAAUGUAAUUGUUACGCUGCAAUGUGUUUACAUGUUCUCCAAUCCUUAAGCUAACGAGCUAAUAUCUGCUACAACUAACUUUAUCCAGAGAGUAGACAUGAGCCACAUUCGCUGAACAAGAACGUGUGCGGUCUGCACAUUUCCCAGAAACACCCAAGAACGCCAGAAGCUUUUUUUCUUCAGAGUAACAAUGCUUCGGAUGACAUCGAGAGUUAUGACCAAAGACGAGAACAGAAAAGAUGCUGUAAGUCCCUGGAGGUCAGACAACCCACAAUUGCCAGAAUAAAUUUUAGCUAAGUACGUUUCUGCACAACCACAGACAAGUUGAACCCGAACGUUUCUUUCUGUUGCAACGUAACUUUUUGUGUAGGUUCAAUUUUCUAUUUCUCUCCUGUCACAAUGCUACACUUCUGGGUAGGUUCAGGUGCAUGGUGAGGGUGAGGGAAACAUCAAGGUUUGGUUUAUGUUCCAGUUCGGGGUCACCGACAAGGCAUCCAGUAGCCUUGUUGGCUGUAAUGACGUCACUUCCAUCCCCUCUUCCUCCUGUUGCAAAAGUCAGCUAAUAAUGUGAACAUGAUAUGUCGCGUUUGCUACGCACGUCAACCUCGCUGGUAUCUGUGGUUUGCAGAAACGUUAAAUGCCUACAUUUUAUCCUGGCAACAGGGCUGGGUCAGAGAACUGUAAAGGAAUCUAGAAAGGUCAGCACUUGUGUCCCGUUGAGAAAUAUGAAGCAUGUCCUCCUUGUUUUUAUCAGUAUUAGCAACGUCGCAUGUGACCGGGUGUGUGUGUGUGUGGGGGGGGGACUGUUAUUUAUAAAAAAAAGGGAUGUUUCCAUUAUAUUUUCAUUUUAAACAUAUAACAUUCUUUUAUUUUGAAAUUAGACGAAAUGUAAGUCAACUGAAUCACAAAUGGCAAACAAACCGCAAACUAAGCUGUAUAUAAGCUCUGUAAAAUGCAGUAUGAUUGGCAGUUGUAGUAGAAUUAUGUGCAUGUGAUGACUCUCAGCUGUGGCUUCUUGUUCCCCGAACUUUACAACAAGCAGCAUCACUGAAACUAUCAAUACUUCCCUUACUUUAAUGCUGCUAAGUAAAGUUAUAUUUUUGUAUGUGUGUGAGUACGAGUCUGUGAUUGUGUGUGAGUGUUUAGGUCCUUACAUUACAGUAUGUCUUUGUUUUGUGUGUAUUCUUGCCUGUAUUGAUUCUUUCUGUGAAAGAAAUCUAUUAUCUAUAGUUUGGAGAGAAAAAAUGUGAAGUUUUGACUAAUAUUUGCAUACAGUAAUAUCCAUGUUAACCAAAGUAGACCAAAGUAGAGCUUAUGUUAUUUUAGUUGCCUGUGGGUUUCGUAGUCAUGCUAAACAUCAGGGCGAAAAUUACUCAUGUUGCUCUCCCUCAAUUUGAGAUGAAAUAUGACACAGUGUUUAUUUAUUUGGAAAGUGAAAAACUACUGAAAGCUGAGACGAGACGUCGAAACAAGGUACACAAUUGUGAUGAAACAGUGCGCGUGCCAUUUAAAUGAUAGCGUCAACUAUGGACAGAUGUGUGCCAACACUGUUAAAUUAUUGUUUACAGCUAAUGUGAUGCUACUGUAUGUCUCAGGCAUGUAUAGUUCUCAGAUUUUUAAUCAAAUUUGCCCACCCAUGAUUACUUUUCAUCCUGACUGAAAAAAUUGUAAUGAGCAGCCAUAACCGAAUACACAUCUUAAGUCGUCUUUAAUAAAACUACACAGCAACCACUAUCAAUACAAGAGCUGUUAUCUUGCAUUUAUUACUGUACACUUUAUAUGUGAUCGAUUGCUCGUGUGGGCCACUUGCUGUAUGUUCUAAUUUUUUUUGUUAAGUCUUAAAAAUCCAAAGUUUUGUACAAAGUAGUUCUUGUGUUUUUAUGGAUUCCUAAAAUGUUGAUGUUUUUUUAUAAUUAUUUAUUUCAUGCUAUGUACAUAUUAGUAAGUAAAAGUAUAUAUUUGCAGAAAUAUUACGUUUUUUUGAAGCAGUGUUGUGACUCGUAACACUGUAGCUUUUUUUUUUUUUUUUUUACCUCAUCUCUGUUUUUUUCACUGACUGCACACAGGUAUCGUUUGUCCUGCUGCCUGUAGUAGAUUUCUAAAGUUAACUCUGUAACACCAAAAUAAA